AUGACCUUUUGCUCAGCGGCCACUGUAGUGCUUGUGCAGUUUGGCGCUGUGGCACGCCCCCCUGCGGUGACGGUUGGCGUGUUCGCACGCACCAUCGUGCCCAUCGGCGCUCUGUUUGCCAUCACUCUAUGGUUGGGCAACGCCGCCUACGUGUACUUGCCUGUGUCGUUCAUACAGAUGCUCAAGGCUGUGACCCCCUUGGUGGUGUAUGCUGUGGGCUGUGUGCUGGGCACUGAGUCGGCGUCGUGGCGCAUGCUGGUCAACCUGGCGGUGGUCGUGCUGGGCGCGGUCAUCGCCGCGGCUGGUGAGGUGCGCUUCAUGCUGCUGGGUGUCAUCGUGCAGGUGGCGUCCACGGUCAGCGAGGCCACGCGGCUCACGCUGGUGCAGCUGCUGUUGCAGGGUACAGAUAUACGUCUCACGCCUCUUUCCACCAUGUGA